AUGAAUAACCCUCCAACUUCUUCUUCUUCUACUUCCAUAACCUCUCUUCCACGAGAGAUUCUUCUCAAAAUUCUCACCAGUCUUCCUCCCAAAUCCGCAGUGCGAUUCAGAUGCACCUCUAAAUUCUUCUAUGAUCUCAUCCCGGAGCCAAGAUUCGCGUUCACAAUCCUCGUCUCUCUCCCAUCCGGAAUCCGCCCCAUACUAAACCUAUACACCGUGAAUUACAGCGAAGACAGCCAUGGAAACCUCCAAGCCGACACCGCCCAACGUUUGGACACACAAAAUUUAGUAUGUCUGGCCGGCUCGAGUUCCGCCGACGGCAAGCUUUGUCUGCUCAGCGACGAAUCGGGACACGACGCCGUUUUCGACCUCGAAACCCGACAAAGUAUUUCUCUCCCCAGAACUUGUCAUCCGGUAACUCGUUACCUCAGCUGCGGUUUCUUGGGUUUUGACUUCCUUUUCACCUUCCGGAACCUCCCCGGCCGGCUAAUCUCCUCCGUGGCGGUUUUAGGGUUCGGUUCCGUUUCGGGGAAGUACAAGGUUUUUAAGCCGACAGUGUACUAUGAUUCCGGGGGGAUGUUUACUCGGCUUUGGGUUUUGACUCUGGGAGUGGAUAAUUCAUGGCGGGAGAUAGAGAUAGAGAUAGAGAUACACACCGUCGGGUACACUGACGCCGUUAUCCACGUUAACGGGACCGUCUAUUUGGUUCCUCGUAUCAAAGCGAGUAGAAUCGCCGCGAUGGAUGUGGAGACGGAGAGGCUAACGGCGUUAAUAGCGUUUCCGUCGGAGUAUCAGCCGGGGCGGGCGUGGAUGAGCCUGAAUGGGCGGCUGGCUUUUGUUAAUGUUCCUACAAGGGGAGGGGCGGAGUGGGGGAUGGAGGUGUGGACGCUGGAGAGGGCGGCGGAGUGGGAGAGGCGCGCGGUGGCGCCGCCGCCGGAGGAGGAGCGGGCGGUGAUCGGAGAAGCUAGUUCCAUGAGGUUUGCUUCGAAUAGUGUGGGGGAGAUUGUGUUGUUGUUGCAUGGUAAGGAGAUGUGCCCUUUGGUUUUGGUUUAUUCGUUUGGGAGAGGGGUUUGGAGGAGGUUUGAGAUUAGUGGGGUGCCUAAUCACUCACUUUUGCUCUCUUAUAUGAGAGGUGUUGUGGGUGUGGUGGACGAGAUUGCUAUAUUUUCAGAAUGA